GCGCGCAAUGCGCACAAAAAAACAGGUGAAAAGCCUCUUUUCCGGGAAACGAGGGGACAACUCGCCAUUGGACGUCGUGCUAAUUUCUUAAUAAUGGACUGGAAAGUUAAGAACCGGCUGACCGGGUUGAACGAUUUUGAUGGUUAACCAUUCAAAUCGUUAACCGGCCGGUCAGUUCAACUGUUGUGGUUUUGUAAGUGUGCCAAGCUUGACCAGUGGCCGGGUCCCGGUUAUAUCGGUCCGAACGAUCGGUUAGGCUUGGCUUUGAUAACACUGAUUUUCCCCUAAAUCUCGCGAGGCCCCAUUAUUGUUUUCCCCAGCAAGCCUUCCCCACAUCGGUGCUUUAAGAAGAUAAAGAAGAGGAAAAAAAGAACAACGCACGUAGCACUGCCCCACUUCCCUCCUCGGUCUUGCGCAGCACCGGCGGGAUCGAGCUAGCCUUGUUUUUUCCAAUCUUUCAAAAGGUAAAGGGCGAUAAUCCCAAAUAGUUUCCAAUUUUUUUGAUCAAUCAAACUAACCUAGACCCAUCAAUCUUGAACCAUAGCGUAACAACUAGGAGAUUGGAGUUUAAUCGGUGACUGAUCAAGGAAAAUCGACGCCCUAAUCAUCAAGUUUAAGCCUAAGCACGUUCUAGAGGUAAGGAAACUCGAUCCCUUGAAUUAGAUUGGUGGUUUUGGUGAUUUUGCAUGAGGGUGAAAUUCUGGGUUUUUAGUGACAGAUUUUGGGUGGUCACUAAAGCUGCAAGGAAUUCGCAGAAACGUGUUUUAAGAUGUGUAAAUUGUUUCGAGUCUGUGCAGGUGGUUUUUUCUGAGGUUAACUAUUUCAUAAAUUGAAGGAGGUCUAAGAGAUGCUUGUGAUUUAAUUUGGGGAUUUUUGAAGAUGAAUUACUAUUUUUAGAAAUUGGCCGAUUGAUUUUUUAAUUAAAUAAAAAUCAUUCCGAGGUGUUUUUUAGGGUUUGAUAAUUUUCCAGGAUAUCGGUUCUCAUGAUCGACUUGUGAAAAAUUAAUCCAAGAUAAAAUUAAUGAGGAAAAAGCGUCGGUUUUUUAAGGGAUUAUUUCUAGAAAAUUUUUAAAGGAGGUUAAGGGAUCUUUGGUGAGAGUUCGAGGACGAGACUUUUAGAAGAGGGUGUUCCGGUAUAUAAAAAGGAGUUUUAAAUUGAGACAGGUCGUCUAAGAAAAUGAACUUCUUAUUAAUAGGUUUCCCGAGUAAAUUCAGCUCAGGAGAGAUUUUUUUAGAGUAAGGAAGGAGGAGUCAUCUUUUCAAGGUGAGUGUAAAGGGGAUAAAAUCUCAGUCGAUGUCUUUUAGUUUAUGCAUUUACUUUUAGUAGUUUCAUUAAUUUUUGAGUUAUGUGCGAUUAUGUGUGUGAGGCAUCCCACCGCCUACUUAAGGUGGAAGCACGCGUUGUGCUAUGUAUGUGAAUGUAUGUUGAAAUGUAUGGUUAUUGGUAAGAUGAACCCCUGAGAGGUUGGGCCACUACUGGACGCGGUAGAUGGUCGGGUCACUGCUGGACGGCGAUACGUAACGCAACAGUUGAUCGGGAAUUUUGGGUCACUAGUGGACGACGAUACAUGACGCAGUAGUUGACCAGGCAUGGGUUGGACGGUGAUACGUAACGCAAACCAUUGCCUUGAGUGUAUGGACACUAGACGACGAUAGGUAACGCGGUGGACCCUAGUUUUAGGUGAAUAAGUUAAGAUAGAAGUUUUGAGCUUUCAUAGGAUAUUAAGGAGUAAAGUACUCAGAAUGAAAGCGAGAACGAAUUUCAUGUAAGAUAAAUUUUUUCUAAUAGCACAAUAGGUUGCCAAGCACACACAAUGCACAAUCACCAUGAAAAAUACCUCAAAUCUUAAAUUAAACACCACUCACACACAAUCAUUCAAUCCACACAAUCAACUACAUGGUAGAAGUUAGGGUUCUACAACACCCACGUGAAAAUGAGACUACUCCACGCUAGAAAAAGGAAGAACACAAAGGAAUAAGGAAAAAACAAUCAUUGUGAUCCUCAAUCCUUCCUUGUGCUUGUAGAGAUCCUCUCUUGAAGAGGAACUUCCCAAAUCUUGACUUGGAGCAAACCCUAGCCUCUUCACCCUCUUGGUUCGUGGCUUUCUCUCUCUAGGUGUUCAAAAAGAAGAAGGUUUCUCUCACUUUGGGAUCCCCUCUUCUUCCUCCUUUCAGCUCUCCUUUUAUACACAGGUCGCGCCCAGUUCAUGGUCCCAGGUCACGGUCGUGAACUAAUGGCAGGGACCGUGAACUCAGUCGAAAAUGCACCGCUUCACUUAACUGGUUUGCGGUCCACGACUACCUUAACCUCUAAAAACUCUCUAGAACUUCGGCAGUUCACGGUUUGUGGCUCUAGUUCACGAUCCUGAUGACCGUGAACCCACUGCUUUGACCUUGAACUGCGGCUGCUACCUCCUCUUUGCCCGAUCCUCGCAUCUUUUCUUCCAACUUUCGACUCUCGGGUUGGUUCCACCUGUUAGACUCUGAAACACAUUGAAACACAGCAAACCUAGCGUAAAACCAUACUUUUGGAGCUCAAAUGCCAUAAACGCCAAAGACAAAUGGGGAUUAAAAGUGUACAUUUAGGCCCGAAUCACUCCCCCACACUUAAAUGUUUGCUUGUCCCCAAGAAAACCAUUUAACACAAUGUAAUAUCUCAACCUAAACAAAAUAAUUUGGGGACAACUCAAAGGGAACAAAGUGGGGUAUCUCAAUGGAUAUUGGUAGUUAAUACAUGGAUUGUUGCAAGCGAUACCGGCAUCCACCACAAACGACAUUCGAGGACACCAAAACGGGCAAACGAAAAGUUCUCACCUUGUUCAUGAAUCAAUGCAAGUCUCAACCAGAUCACUCAUCAACCACAACUAACCAUGCAUAACAUUCAAGUCAAAGGAAUAAACAAAUGGGCAACAAAGGUCCUCAACGGGGGUAUGAUAUGACAUGCAAAGCAAGAAUGAAUCACUCACUCUCUUGACCAAUGGGUUCGGGACCAUUUGGUGUAAAAAAUGUGCACAAUCUUCAACACUCGGCCCUAUCGUCUCUUCACCACGGUGGCAACCUCUAAAUGCUAUAGUUAACAGGACGGUUGUCAUCACUAGCUUGUCCGGAGGUCUUAGACACGAGUUCAAAUGACUAGCAAUUAUUUUGGACAUAGGGAAAAUGCCUUUUGGGUGGUGGCAAACACAACAUGAGGUCCUACAUCUUCCCCUUAAAACCGAAGGUUCUAUUGCUUCGACUAAGAACUUUCCCUACACACAACGGCCACUAGCAUUGGCCAAAAGCCUUAUUUUCUUCCAAACUAUCACUCAUCACGAACUACAUUCAAGCAAACUUCCUCGGCCUAUUAUUGCUGUCACAUUUCAAACAUAGUAGUGAAGGAGUUCAACAACAAUUUCAGUGUUUCAAUGAUUUGAGUGCCAAGAAAUCCUUCCUAGAGCACCCGAGUGAUCCUUCUCAUCUAGAGCUUUCAAACCAUUUACCUUUGCUUUGUUUUAAUUUAAACCUCAUAGUUUUCAACCAAAAACCAAUCCGCUAGAUAAUGUUUCAAACAAUAGAGGUAGGGGUACAUGGACCGGCCCGAGUUGAUAUUUAAACAUACUUUCCCUAUAUUGCACCCAUCUAAGGUUUAUACUUAGGCCUUAGGUGGGAUUUUGUUGUGAUAUUCGAGACGAGUCAGUAAACAAACAACAAAUCCGUGGGUAUUUAACCAAAAAUAAUACUUGGGCUAAGGGUCAAGUUGGUAUUUUACUUACGUGUUCUGGUAGAUAAAAAUGGGUUUUAAAUAAAGACAUGUCGUCUAAGAAAAUGAACUUCUUAUUAAUAGGUUUCCCGAGUAAAUUCGGCUAAUGAGGAAUUUCUUCGAGUAAGGAAUUAGUUUUGGGUGUUGGACUCUCUUUGGUCUUUAUCUAGUUUUCGAACUGGUCCCGAACGUUUUCUUACCUCAAAUCUAAGAUCGAAGAUGGGAUUGGACUGUUUGCUAUCCGGUCCCGGUCUGGUCUCAGUACGGGUUAUACGGUUCGGUUUUGGGUAAAACCAAAAAACCAGGACCAAAUAGCCAACCCUAUAAGGAAUCGAGGAGUCAUCUUUUCAAGGUAAGUGUGAAAGGGGUAAAAUCUCAGUUGAUGUCUUUUAGUUAAUGCAUUUACUUAUAGUAGUUUUGUUAAUUUUUUAGUUAUGCGCGAUUAUGUGUGUGAGGCAUCCCACCGCCUACUUAAGGUGGAGGCACGCGUUGUGCUAUAUAUGUGAAUGUAUGUUGAAAUGUAUGUUUAUUGGUAAGAUGAACCCCCAAGAUCGAGAUUUUCUAAAGAACAGAUCAAGAUCCAUCACCGGCGACUAGUGCGUUUUCUUCGACAAGAACAAAAUUCUUCGACCAGUGUAUUUUUUGUGAGUAGGAUAUAAAUUCAUACCAAAUCCUGUUGCAUGCUCCUCCUCUUAUACGAAUUCGUGUGCUUCUGAAGACUGACAUAUUAAGGCGGAAAUUUUUGAAUUGCGGAUUCUGUCAACUGCAUUCCAUCAGAGUGAAUUUUUUUUCCAGCUACAACAGGUGCCUGCCACAUCGCUGACUCUCAUCUCAGUCGUCCGUCUAGCACUCUUCCGCUACAUAUCCCAUCGUCGCUCUCGCCGACCUGCUUGCCCACUCCAUUGAUUCUACAAUGCCACCCCCUUUUUCGACAGUUGUCUCCCUUUUCCUCGCCUACAGCCCGUAAACUCUGUAAUGGACAAGAACAGCAAGAUCCAUUGCACCCUCCAAUCCGCAAAACACACAAAAUUCUAUAUUGGCCUUGCUAUAAUGGUAUUUUGUUCACUUUAUUGCAGAUUAGGGGGUCGUUUGGAUGGGAGAUUGUGGCAUGAUUUUAAAACAAUCUCACAUAAAGAGAGAUUUUAAUCAAAUAACACGUUUGGAAAGAGCAGGAAUUGUGGCAUUAAAGAUUUUAAAAACCCACAUAUGUGGGAUUUCAAAAUAGCUUAUGGGGGUCAGCUAUUUCGAAAUCCCUCAUUAUUAUCUUUUCACUUCCAGCCGCUACCCCUCUACCCACUUCUUCCAUCGUCAUAUCACCACACCGUCGUUCUUCCGCAUAUGCUCUGAUCUCUCCCCCGGCUGAAGCUCUCCAACCACAGAGCAUUGAGUUCCACUCUUCGACCUCUCCGACCACCCCAAGCUACAACCCGCAACACCACUGAAAACAGCUUCAUCUCUGCACCCAAUCUUCCUCGCGACCAUCUCUGCGCUCAACCUUUCCUGUCAUCAAUCAAUUCCAAUCCCCACCCAAUUAACGGACAGAUGAAAGAAGCCGACAAACCCAACAAUCGACCUCCCUCCGUCGCUGCGAUCCGCCUUCCUCUGUCAUUGACCAAUUCCAAGCUCCCGUUGCAAUUGACAAACUUAGCAAUAUAACCCUAAUCCCUAAAAUUAGGUCUGGUUGAAGAAGUCGGCGAUUGGGUUUUAGGUUUUUUUGUGUCAUCUUCCGUUUCUCCCUCUCACUUCGCCGGUCGAGUCUUCAUCGUCGUGUAUAGUGGGCGAUUGGGUUCUUCAUUGGGCGUGGGAAAGCUCUGUAUCUGUCAGCUCUUCCCGUCGUCGCCGUCCAGGUUUCCCAAACCACCGGCAAAGUUGAAUCCGCCACCUCCGACAAUAGAACCUUCGCGGAGAAGCUCUAUAUCGGCCAGGUCCUCAUAUUCCCAUCGUCGCCAUCCAAGUUUCCCUAGCCACAUGGACGAAUCUUGCCAGAACAGAGAUGGCAAAGAGUAGAUGGACGACAGAGAAAGUGGAGGUUACAGGUCCUCUAGGUUGAUGGAAUAGAUUUUUGGGGAGAAAGAAAAGGGAGAAGAAGAUUGCAUGGCGAGCAUUAAAAAGGGCAAUCUUGACAUUUGAACAUAUCAAUUAAAAUCCGUGAUCCAUUCCCAAACAAGGGUUUUGUGUCAAAUCCUACAUAUUAAAAAUCUGGGGUUUUAAAUCAGUAAUUUGGACACAAAUCCCACUCAAAUCUCUCAAAUUAAAAACCUGCAUCCAAACCACCCAGGGGGUCGUUUGGAUUAGGGAAUGUGUAAAUGAGGGAUUUGGAUUAAAAUCUCUCAAUUAAAAACCCAGGUAUUUCAAACGUGGGAUUUGAUCCAAAUAACAUGUUUGGGAAUAGAUGAAGGAUUUUAAUUAAAAACUAAAGUUACAGUUAUACCCAUCCCUAAUCCCUAAGGAAGAAUAAGAAAGGAAGAACAAAAGGAGGGGCAGAGUUUGGAAAAGAAUGAGAAAAAAUGAGUGAUUGUGAAAUAACUGAUCCCCAUAAGGUAUUUUAAAAACUCUCAUAUGAGGGAUUUAGAAUUUCCUCAUGCCCACAAUCUCUCACCUUUCCAAACGCAGAAUUGUUUUAAAAUCCUGCACAACGAGAGAUUGUUUUAAAAUCACUCAUAAAUCCCUCAUCACAUUCACUAAUCCAAACCACCCAGGAGUUUUUGUGGAGGGGGAAUUUUUGGUAGUUCAUCGAAAGAAGAGGAGAAGAAAGUGGGAACACGAAGAGAUGGGUAUGGAAUAAAUGAGCAUUUUCAGUUUUUUAUUUUUAUUUUAUUUUUGGCUUUUUUUCUUUAGUUCACGUGGACUCUCACUACGGAAAUGUCGUCUGGUAAGCAUUUCUGUCAGACCAUUCAUACCGUUAGCUGACAAUGUUAAAGGAACAGACGGGAGUGGCUAUUUUGUGCUUUUCAAGAGUUGUGGCUAUAUUUUCCCCAAAUGUGAAAGUUGUGGCUAUUGAUGUGUAUUUUGCCUAAUACUAUUGUUAUGUUAUAUUGGUUAGUUUAAUUAUUAUUUUAGUUUGAUCGGUUUAUUUAUAUUAUGGGUUAUAGGUAUAAUAUGUCACUCUAUUAUGAAGUUUUAUCAAACAUGCCCUUAUACAAGUUUUUUACAUCAAACAUGCCCAUGUACUUUGACAAAAUUAUCAAACAUUCCCUUCUGCUAAAAUUUCCAUUGAAAAAAUCGUCAAUCAUGGUUGAACCGAGAUUUAGACGACCCGACAUCCGCAAAUGGGAGGGAAAAUAUUAGUUUUGUCCCCCGUUUGAUUUCUCUGGGUCUUUUUAAAGUGAAAUUAUUUGGAUAUACAAAAGAACAAAAAAAGUUCUAAAAUGAAAUUAUUAUGGAUAUUUUAGUCAUUUUUCGCCCAAACUAAAGUUCAGUGUUGGUUAACGGUUUUUGGAUGAAAAUUUUAACAAAAGGGCAUGUUUGAUAAUUUUUACAAAGUAGAGGGACAUAUUUGAUGUAAAAUAUAGUAAAGAGGCACGUUUAAUAAAACAUCAUAGUAAAGGGGCAUAUUAUACCUAUAACACUUUAUAGUAUUGUAUUUCACAACUAAUUGAAUUGAAUUUUAUUUAUUUGGUAGUAAGCAAAACAAGCCAUUUGAACAUCUCUGGAGAAGGGAAUAAAGAGCCACAGAGGGAAUGGUAGCCUGAUCACCUGGUGGGUCUCGUACUCUCGGGUAUAUAAGUUGUGGGUUUUCUAAUUUUUGGUUUUUUCUAAUUUAUAAAGGGGAAGGCUAAUAUAGAAUUAUGCUAUCUACUAUCUGCUGUGAGUUUGUGUGAUUUGGUUGUGCAUCACAAUAAAAGUUUCAUUAUUAGAUAUAGUAAUAUGAUAAUUAAAUAUUGAUGUUAUAUUUCUUGUCACAUAAACGCAAAAUUGUACAUAAAGAAAGUUAAUAAAAUGUUCAAUAAGUUAUAAAUCUCGAAUACAAUAAGUUAGUUUGUGUAAAUUCAGAAGAGAUGGAUUCAGAAAGAGAUUGUAAGAGAACGAAGAGGUGGAGUGACUUGUUACCAAACAAACACCAUUGCAUGUCGUGGCUCCUCCAACGGCAACAACAACAAAAAAUGAAAGUGUCCUCGAUAAGUGGAGGCGCCCGCUUUUAGUGAAUCGAUUAUUCUUCACUCUCGAUUAUAGUCGUGUACUGCUAGGAGCUGGUUGUUAUGUUAUUCGCGAGUUCAUGGAGAACUGAAGACGAGUCAGACUAACCUUUAUCAAUUAUUCCUCUCUUUUAACGAGUCAGACUAACACUUUAUAAAGAAAGUUAAUAAAGUGUUCAAUAAAUUAUAAAUCUCGAAUACAAUAGGUUGGUUUGUGUAAAUUCAGAAGAGAUGGAUUCAGAAAGAGAUUGGAAGAGAACGAAGAGGUGGAGUGGCUUGUUACCAAACAAACACCAUUGCAUGUCGUGGCUCCUCCAACGGCAACAACAACAAAAAAUGAAAGUGGCAUCAAUAAGUGGAGGCGCCCGCUUUUAGUGAAUUGAUUAUUCUUCACUCUCGAUUAUAGUCGUGUACUGCUAGGAGCUGGGUCUUAUGUUGUUCGCGAGUUCAUGGAGAACUGAAGACGAGUCAGACUAACCUUUAUCAAUUAUUCCUCUCUUUUAAUGAAUCGAUUAAUUUAUUCGACUAUAUUUAUUGAUUUGAUUUUGUUAUAAAAUAAACAUAUACCACAUGGACAAUGGGAUAGGUUACGGUGAUUAAUAAGGGCAAACUGGGUAUGACAAAAAAAUAUUAAUUACCUUUUUUAAGAAAUUAUAUAUUAGAAAGUUACAAAAAUAUAUUAUUUACAAUUUUCUCUCUCUUUCUCUCACUUCCACAAUCUCUAGUCAGAUCUUUCUUCCUUCUUUUUCUCAAUCUUUUCCUUGUUUUCGUUCAGCCGAACUAUUACCGCUACAACAAUAAAAAUAUACCAAUCCAUUAAAAAAAUACUACCAUUGCACAAAACACCAAUACCAUUCAAGAAAUAAAAACACUACCAUUUCAUAAAACACCAAUACCAUUGCAGAUUUAAUCAAUACCAAUACAUGCAAAUCAAUACCAUUACAUGAUAAUCAAUACCAACGCAAAAAAAAUAAAAAGAGAGAAAAACAAUACUUAUGCGAAAAUACUACCAGUAUAGUAAAAGAAUACUACCAUUUCAAAAAAAAAAAAACAAUAUCUACAUGAUAAUCAAUACCAAUGCGAAAUAUAAUACUACAAAAAAAAUCAAUACCAAUAUGAAAAAUACAUACCAACACGGAAAAAAAAAACAAAUCUGCAAUCCUUCGUCGGCUCCUUCUCGUAGCCACACCGAUGACAAAAAGUUGACAACUCCUUGUCGGCGUAGAUAUAUAUAUAUGGAUUCGACUCGUAUGGUCCAGACGCAUAGCAUGCCCUAGAUCUUUGCACCGUUGAUCUAAUCUAACCAUCAUUAUAAAUUUUAUUAAAAUUAAUAAUUAUAAUUACCACUUGCACCCCUUAAAUAAUUAUACGUGCUAUGAAGUCCCCCAACAAAUAUUACCGUUAUGUUUUCUUGUACGUAUUUUGUAAACUUCUUUAAUUCAGCACCCAAAACUCUAUAAUUUAUAAAAUAGAUAGCCAUCAACCCACAGUCCAAUUGAACCUCCAUCGUCAUCAUCUGUUCACCAUAAAUUCCCCAAUAGCUAACUGCGCAUCAUCAUCAAAACCAAACAACAAUCAAAACCUAAACCCUCAUGGCGAUCUAAAUUUAAUCCGUAAAAUUCAUGUGUUUAGGUUUUCUGAUUAUGCAUAGUUGUGCUUGCUCCCCUCGUCCAACCCAAGACUCGAGCUCAUCAUCGGCUGUAGACCGGUCAUCAACUCCAGCGCAUCUUCGUCCCUGUUUCCGACCUGCAGCGACUUCAGCUCAUCAUCUACUUUAGGAUGGCAGCGGACUGCAACCCUUUAGCUAAGAAUCGUAAUCAGUUGACGGUGAAGUCCUGUGAAAAUUACUUGUGUGGAAAUAAUGAAUAUCGUCGUUUCCAAGAUGCAGCAAUCGGUGAUGGUCGCCGUCGACAAACUCUUCCACAACAAGGUCUAUAAUCUAUACGUCAAUCGGACCUCCAAGUUUAUGAGUGACGACGAGAAAGACGUAUGCAACGUAGGAGAUCGGGUAAUUGGAGUUGCCCCCCUUCUCGCAGCGGAAGCGCUGCCGGCCGGAGCUGAAAAACGAAACAGAGAAACGACAAAGGGAGAUAUGGGGAAGAAGCAGAAGAGUCACGCCUCGAACCACCAACCUAGUCAUUAUCAGACAAAAGUUUCACAAUCUAUAAUACAAAGCUUGUUUGAUUUAGUUGACGUAAACCCUUAAUAAUAGCAUAAAAGAUUAUUCUUCCAGCAAAUUAAGCUUUCGCCUCACCAUUUAGCUCCAUCGUCGUUGUCGCCGGUUCCCAGCUCCAGCUGCGUCUCUCACCAUUUCGCUUUGUUUCCCAGUCUGUUUGAUAUCUCCUAAAUUAUACCAGAUGCCUUCGCUAAUGUUCAUAAGCUUUUACGUGCCAUAGAUACACCUAUGUAAUAUGAAACAAUUAUAGAGUGUAAUUGAAAAAUUAAAAAAAAUCUUCUUUAAUUGUGAUUUUGUUGUAUGUACUAUAUACAAAUGAAUUCACCAUGAAAUGAAAUGUGGUAUUAUUCUAUGAAUUACUUUACACGAAUUGGCUUAUUAUACUCACGGCGUAUGGAACUAUCAAUACUUAACUACUUGAGUUGACAAACUUAUAUGACAUUUGGUAUUGAUUCAUUUCGGAAAUCUAUGAUUCAUACUUGGGCCGCUUAAAUCUAAUGACGAAUCAUGUUCAAUUAUGCAUACACUCAUAUAAUAUAAGGAAAUAUGAUUAAAUAUGUUUCGAUCCUUUGGUUUUCACCACAAAUUUCACAUUUUUUCAACUUGUUUAUUAAUCUUGUUUACUUACUCCCCUCUCAAUUUUCUAAUGAUGAUUCAUACAUAGUUCUCGAGGUUUUGCCCCUUACAUCUCCAUCUUCUCCUCUCGAACUCAAUAGGUGAGAUGGUGAACGAAGGUAAAACAUAACACAUCCCCAACUUCCUUUGAAUUAUGAUUCAUUUCUUGUUGCAAAUAUUCACUUGUAGCACACCAUAUCUCAAUGGACUGACGUAAUUAGUCUACCAUGUGUACAUUUUCGUUAUGAGGGUGUUUUUCCAAAAUCAAACUUUGUUGUUCUACAUCAUGUACUAGCAAUCUCUUAGCGGUGGCUUGCUGGAAGCCCAGAGUUUAUCAUCAAAGAUAUCACUCUAAUAAUCAAAUUAGAUAUGAUUCUUGACAUGAUACCUUGAUGCUUCCCUUAAACCCCCUCUUUCCACUUGGCCGAACCCGAAACAACCCCCACUAUAACCUUCCAACCCAACUCUCUCUGCACCAUCCCCUUGUAAUUAGGUAGGAAUUUAGCUAAACCAUGAUUUAAUUAGCCUAACUAAUUUUAACACUAGACAUUAUUUAAGUAAUUACCAUGUCACUAUUAAAUAACUUAAACCAAUCCAAAACUUAUUUCAACCGUUCAUUUUACAAUAGGUGAUCAUAUAGGUCAUACAACACAAAGAAUGAUGCUUGGACUUGAAGAGACAACUUGAGGAACAAGAGGAUCUCAUUUACCUAGCUCAUACGCAAGAGCUCGACCUCGAAUCGUUUACUAAAAUUCAACACGAACUCGAUCAUUAUGAGCUCACUAGCUUUCCUCGAGUGUGGCUAAUCAAUUACUUCAUUUAUCACUGAACUUUGUAAACCAGUGAGGCUAAUUUUGAAUCUAUUUCAAUAAUGUAAAAUGUAGUGCUUAAUAAACCCUACCGGCCGUUCAGACCAAAACAUACAUAGAUCGACAAUUAUCUUUUGGGUUAUAUUUGGUUGUCAUAAACCCAAUUCUCCUAAACCUAAUUCUAAACCUAAUUCACGGUGAACCUCCACCGCCAUCUUUCAAAAUCGCCAGUGCACAUGGAAGUUGAAAAUCAAACUUGACAACAAACGACCAGCAAACCCAUUAGAAAAUUACUCGUUUACACCAUUUACUAUAGUUUUUUGGGAUGCUACUUAUCGUGAAAUAAAAUAAGAGAAUUAUAAUUUAUGAACUAAUUAUGAUACCAAAAUAGCAAGAAAAUUGAAGCAGAGUAAUUACUUAUAAUUUCCCGCUAAUUUGAAAUUAGAAAAACAACAAUUGCGGGAGUCAAAAAAUCAAAACAUUAAAAUUCUCCCUCUUCUUUUUUCGGAAACCUUGUUUUUAUCCGCCAAAACAAUUUUUCAUUUCUUUUCGACCAUCCCAUUCUACCGAAACAGAAUCCUUUUCAUUCUCCUUUUCCAUUAAUCGUUUAAUGUUUCUGGGACAUCUGGUCGAUUAUUCUUCGAAGCUAGUUCACUUUGCCGGCGGCUGAAGGUGUGGCCUUGUCGGUAUUCUUCUUUUGGUUCCCUGGAGCCAUGCGAAGAUAAGUUUCCGAAUCUCUGCACUUCCCUCGUCCCGAUUCAGCUUUGAUUCACUGAAAGAAACCAUUGAUUUUCUCUCCAACUCUGUUGUUGCCAAAGUUGCAGCCUCAUCUUCUAGGCAAGAAUCCUCGAAUUCGAGCCAAGGCAUCCAUGUCCUUCUACCGGAGUGUUCCAAGAUUGGUAAGAAACAGUCUUCUCACUCUGCCUUUAGUGUUUUUAGCUGUUGAACAAUAAUAAUAUCUGGCUGCCUUAACCAUCUUGUUGUUCACUUAUUUUACUGUAUUCGAGUUUAUGGUUAUCUUUAAUCCCAAUUCAAUCUUUGCCUUCCCUGACAUCUUCUUUACAAACGUCAAAUGAACUAUCGUGUUUAUUCCCCUCAUUAGGGUGCUGAAGGAAUCAACGGAUAUGGAAUCGACAAAUUGAUUCUUGUUGUCGUACGCCAACUCAGUGACAAGCUUCCAGAAUCAAGGGAAGCUGCUCAAACCCUGCUCUCACCUGUGUUGGCCGAGAAGGGACCAUUCUGGGUUCUUAGCAGUGAGCCUAUCCACUGCGUGAAGAGGUGUAUUUCGUAUAUGAGUUCCUUAGUAAUCCCUUGUCACACAUUAUAUGAUAAUUUGUUGAGCAGAGUAUAUCAUGCGACCCUUCUGUGUCUCACUAGCAAUUCAAAAUCUCCUUUCAGUGACUACUCGCUUGAUUUUGAUCUCUUGGGAGCUUGUUUGAUCAACGAGUCAAUUAGAGACUUGGGGGUCGUUUGGAUAGAACAUUUUUCAAAUGAGGCAAUUUGGAACAAAUGUCUCAAUUCAGGAUAUGAGUCAAUUACAUGAGAAAUUUGUAUAGAAUUGUCUUGUUUGGCUUGUUAUUUUGACAUGAGACAAUUGGGAUGGAGAAUUUUCCGAAAAUACAUAUAUGCCCUCAUUAUUUUACCCUUUUCCAUUUUCUUUCUUUUCCAUCUUCCUCUUGACGAUGACAACGGUACACCACCAUAAUUAAUAUCAACAAUGGCGAAAUCCUUACCAGAAAUUUAAGGGUCCCAAAAUCUUUUGCUUGAGUAAUUACAAUAAGCAAGCCAAUAUUUUAAUUCGAACGCUAACAAGUAACAAACCAAAUUCAAAUAAUUUGAGAUUCAGAGGAAGAAAAAAAAGCUAGUUGAGUUGGGAUCAAAUAAUCGAAUGGGUAUCGAAACAAUCCCCUGAGUCAUGGAUAUCAUGGCACACCCGAUCUGUCGUCUACAAAUUUCCCGUCCCGUCAAAGAUGAGGAAGAAGUCAAGGUAAGAAGAAGAAGAGAAGAAGAAGCUUCCAUGUUGUUGUGCAGAAGCCUUCAAUGGCGAUUUCUUCUUCUCCUUCUCCAAAGAACCCAUGAAUCAAACGACAAAACAUCCCGAUCAAGCAAUCGAAUUUCCCCUGAAUCAAACAAACAGAACCCUCUUUUAAAGCAGAGGAUCCAAAAUCUUAACCGAAACGCUUCAUUGAAAAAAAAAUUACGAGGGCCAGGUUGAGCCACAACUUGCUCACAUGCAGAAUGCUUCCUCUUCCUCAACGAACCCAGGUCGAGCAGCGAAUCUCUCUUUCCUCGUCACAAAGGUCGAGCAGCAAAAAGGUAUGUGUUCGUUGUUUUGUCUAAUCUUGGGCAGGUUUGCUUUUUGUUCAUAGAGAAAUUGAAGCUGCAUUCAUGACGAGUUGUUGUAUGUUCCAUCUCUACUUAUUUUGUGCGGAGGGCUGAGGAUGAAACAGAUCUAUUAUAUGCAUAGUUCAUGGAUUAUUCCAAGGGCAUACAACUCUUGGCUCAAAGACUUCUGUUAGGAAACGGAUCGAUUAUAAGCAUAGUGUUUGAUUUUAUAGUUCAGAAGCUUCAAGCUCCGAGAAAACCUAAAAUGAAUAUCCAUAUCCUUCAACAAAGUGUUCUUUUGAAGUACAUGUACUCCAUUUCCUUUUUCAAAGAUCAUGGCAAAGAGGUGUACAUUGAAGUUUGCAGUGCAUACAUCUACACAAUGUCCUUAAAGAAACCCACUACUACUUGUUGCAAAGCAGAGACCAAAGUUGUUGAGGUCCAGAACUAACUACCAAGCUAUCAAUACAGAUACCUUACGAGCCCAAAACAUGGAAUCUACCCCUUUCUUCAACCAAGUAUGUACCUCUCUCACUAAUCUUCUUCUGCUGCUUUCAUUUGGACUACAAUGACAUGUGUAGCUUUGUGAUUGUCUUCCUGAGUGGAUGGAUGCGACUUGAUCACCCUCCACGUCUGGAAGCUCGAGUUUCCUUUUUUUUUUUAAUGGGUACAUACGAAAGAUCAAGUUCUAGACUGCUUAGCUUCACAACUACACCGCUCAUACUUAAGACAUAGCUGAUACUUCAUGUGACAUAAAAAACAAAAGAAACCCCCUAGGUAUUGUGUCUCUAGAAAUAGCUCAUACUUCUUGUCCUGCAAUAUAAUAUUAGUCGAACAAAAAUAGACUGUGUGGAAGGUAUACAGUUUCUAGAUUCUUUCCAUCAAUUCAGCGAUCAAACUGGAAAUGAAAUAAUAAAAUGUGA